UGAAGUCAAUAACAACAAAUGAUAAUGACGAAUGAGGUGUUAGACACAAACGAACGAAAAAAAAAAUCAACAAAUUGGCUCUGGAUCAAAAUGCGACGUGCUUAUCAAUAUUAAUUACCAGAAUGGCCAUGACUCCAUGUUAAUGAUGGCGAUGUUGGUCUUGGUGAAAAAAAAGUCGACAGUCGCUAGAUCAUCUCAUCAUUAUGUAUGCAUAUGAUGAAUUGCAAACGGUAAUGAUGAUGACGAUAAUGAUGAAAAGCGGCCAAGUCAUGCUUACUUGAUUGUGAUAGCAACAAGUUAUAACCUUGAUAGUUGAUGCAUAGACACCAUGAUUUUUUAUUAUUAUGGUGAUGAUGAUAAUUAUUUCCGAUCCAAAGUUCAUCAAUCGAUCGAAAAUAAUUAUUUACGAACGUUCUUUGUGAAUGGUCUAUUAUAUGAAUGAAUCCAGAUCGAUUUUGAUUGAAUCAAAAAUAUUGUAUUGUCAUGUUGACACAAUAAUGGGCAUCGAAAACGUUAAACAUGUGCUACUUGUUUUAUCGGGUAAAGGUGGUGUCGGUAAAAGUACCGUUUCUUGCCAAUUAGCAUUAUCGUUACAACAUCGUGGCUAUAAAGUUGGUAUACUUGAUAUUGACAUUUGUGGACCAAGUACGCCUCGUAUGUUGGGUUUGCUUGGUGAAAAUGUCACCCAAGGUUCGAAUGGAUGGAUCCCGAUAAAAUAUGAAAAACAUGAUCGACCUGUAUUGAGUGUUAUGUCGAUCGGAUUCUUAUUGAAUGAUCAGGAUGCGGCUGUCAUAUGGCGAGGACCACGUAAAACGGCAAUGAUUCGCCAAUUUCUUACCGAUGUUGAUUGGGCUGAAUUAGAUUUUUUAAUUGUUGAUUCACCACCUGGAACUUCAGAUGAACAUAUCAGUGUUGUGGAAUGUUUGAACAAUUUGCCAACCAAAUGCCAAACAAAUGCUAUACUAGUGACCACACCACAAUCGGUGGCCGUCGGUGAUGUACGUCGUGAAAUAACAUUUUGCCAUAAAGGAAAUGUACCAAUUCUUGGUCUAAUUGAAAAUAUGAGCGGAUAUGUUUGCCAACAUUGUUCGGAAUGCAGUCCAAUUUUUUCACAAGGUGGUGGCCAAACAUUAGCAGAAUAUGCUCAAUUAGAUCUUCUUGUUACGAUACCUAUUGAGACUGGUCUAGCAGAAUGUUGUGAUGAAGGCAGUGAUUUUAUUGAAAAAUAUCCCGAAUCUGAAACUUUUAAACGAUUUUCUGAAUUAAGCAAUAAAAUCUGUAAUAAACUAUGCAUACAGAGUUGAACAAAUAAAAAAAAAGUUUAUCAUUUA